GCCACUGAGAGCUUCCUUUCUGUCUCGGCCAUGGGGAGCACACGACACAGAAACUUAUUCUGUUUGAUCAUAGUCUCUCUUCUCUUGACCUUAUCUUUACCUGCUGCAGGACCCAAACAAAUCUGGCUCGGUGAUGUGGACUGUUCAGGACGUGAAAGGUCUCUAACUGAGUGUGAGCACGGAGGAUUUGGGACACACAACUGUUCACACAGUGACGCUGGUGUGGUCUGUUCAGUUCCUUUGUUGCCGCUGGUCUCCUCAGUGGCAGGUGGGGGUCUGCUGCUGCUUCUGCUGCUCCUAUUGGUGGUCUGUCUAGUCCUCAGGAGAAGACGACGAGCCAAGCAGCCUGGAGCCCCCAUCUUAACUCAAUUGACUGUCAGGAACAGUUGUGAAGAUGACGAGGAAGAGAGGGGCUAUGUGAACGUUGAGCCAGUGGACCCCAUGACGGAGCAAGUAGAACGAGAGGAGGAAGAGGACAGUGAUCAUGAUUAUGAGGAAGAGGAGAUUGCAGACAAGUAUAUAAAUCCUGCAGUUUUUGUUACUAUAGAGGACAACACAGAGGAACAUGUAGAUGAAGGAGAAACCAGUGAUGAUGAAGAAGACUAUGUAAAUGUAACCCAGCCAUGUAUUGAACAAAUUGUGGACAUUUAUGGAGAAAAUGAGAAUAUUUAUCAAAACAUUUAAGUUUCUACUGGUCAACAGUGUCACAUUGAUUAUUGUGGAUAAAGGACUCAACUAUUGACCGACUGCCAACAUUUUUUUAAAUAAACUGUGAUAUUGUCAA